CUUCAACCUCAGCACACACCAAAGAACACACACACACUGAACUUUGAAAAAACUCUCUUUUUGUUUUCUUUUCAAUCCACAAAAAUUCACCUCAAAUUCAAUCUCAUUUUUGGAUUACAUACUCUCGAUUGCUUCAAUCUCUCAAUCCCGAAAUCCGCCAAAAGUCAAUACGCAGUUGGCACAAUUUCUAUCUAUAAAUAGACGUGCUCAUUUCGAUUGUUUUCCGAGUCAAUCGAGGUUGAAAAAUCCCGGAGUUUCUUAGAUGUCGAGUAGAGGAGGGUAUGCGGCGGCGCCUCCGCCGCCGCCAAGGCAGAGCGGCGAUAGGUUUUACAACCCGCCGGCGGUCCGCCGCCACCACCACCACCAGAUGAUUUUGCAGCAGCAGCAGCAGCAAAUGUUGCAGAGGCAGCUGCUCCAGCAGCAGCAGCAGCACCUGCUGCAGAGGAGGGCCGCGCCGGCGCCGGCGAGGGAGACAUCCUCGGAAGCGGAGGCGGAGGCAGAGGCGGAAGCGCGGAGGGACGCUGAUGCUUCAUCGACGGCGGCGGCAUUGUCCAUACCGCCUUCCGUUGGCCGUGGUCCGACUUUGGAUGUUACGAAUUUGGAUCGUUUGAUGGAAUCCGUUACUCCCUUCGUCGAGGCGCGGUACUCGUUGGAGGUGAAUGCAAGGGGGCGGGGAGCGCGUGAAGUGGAUUCACUUCCUUUUUAUUAUUUGGAAGAUCUGUGGGAUUUUUUUAGCGAGUGGAGUUAUUAUGGAGCUGGAGUACCUUUAUUGUUGAAUGGAAAGGACAGAAUUGAGCAGUACUAUGUUCCUUUCUUGUCGGGCAUACAAUUGUAUGUAGACCCGUCAAACCCUUCUUCUCGAGUUGGAGGAACCAACAAGGAAAUAAAUGCUGGCAGCAGUGACCCCAAAAGAGAUUCUCGAGCUAAUUCCAUGCAGGGAUUGAAUAUGACCUCACUUGGAAAUACAUCCGUCAUAAGUUCGGCUGGUCCUGAAGUUGCUCAUGCUCGUGGGCCACCCUCGUUUCAGUUCUUGGAAUAUGAGCCGCCAUAUAAUCGCAGACCACUGGCUGAUAAGAUAGGAUCGCUUGUUUUGCAAUAUCCCGAGCUUAGCAAGUGCAAAAGCUGUGAUCUACUGCCAUCUAGUUGGAUAUGUGUGGCUUGGUAU